AUGGAAUAGGCUUCCAAUUAUUUUUUUAAUUCUCCCUAAAAAUAACAAAAAGGCUUUUGGGAUAGAAAUUUUGAUUUAUUGCUUUAUAGGCAUGAAAAUUUCGAAACCUCAGGUGAUAAUUGCACUACUUUAUAUAAAAAGGGCAAAUUAUUUAAAAAGUGGAUACCAAGACGAUAUUCCGUAUAAGGAAAUUAUUUAUUGUAUGGAGACGAAGUAAAAUAUAUUAUUAUUCAGAAAAUGAAAGGGUUCAGGAAAUUAGAUUGCGUUUAUUUGCAUUGCAGCCUACUAGACACUACAUAUAGAUAUCAUUUACAACUGAUAUAUUGUGGAUUUAUUCUUGACCUCUAUACUGAUAAAAAGACAGAUUAUGAUUAUUUUAAAGAACUACUCUAAUAGCAUUGCAUUUUAACUGAUUUUCAUACUUAAUAUAGUAUAUUAAAACAAAUUGGCUUUGGCUCAAAUGCAAAAGUAAGUAUUUUAUGUUAACACAUUCAGGUCUAUAUAGCCAGAAGUAAUUACAAUAAGCAAUACUAUGCUAUUAAGAGAAUUUAGAAGAAUUAUUCAAUUAAAUAAAAGAAAUAGGAAUAAGAGCAAGCACUAAAAAAUGAGAUUUAGAUAAUGAAGGAAUUGAAUCACCCCAACAUAAUAUCUUUCCACCAAGUUUUCGAGACCAACAGUAAAUUAUUUAUAAAUUUAAAAAGAGCACAUAAAUCUUGUUUUGGAAUUAAUUUAAGGAGGGGAAUUACUAAAAUAAGGAUAAUACAAAAGUAUUAGAGAUGCCAGGAUUAUUGCUAGGCAACUGGCUUUAUGUGUAGAUUAUAUGCACUAAAAAGGAAUUAUGCAUAGAGAUUUGAAGCCCCAUAAUAUAUUAUGCAAAACUAAUACUACUGAUGUUUUAAUUGCUGACUUUGGUUUAGCAACCUAUAUUAAGGAUUAAAAAUAAUUAUAUUACAGAUGUGGAACUACUGGGUAUAUUGCUCCUGAAAUAUUGAUGUAUAAAGAAGGCGCUAAGAUGUACAAUGAAAAAUGUGAUAUAUUCAGUCUUGGAGUCAUAUAUUAUUAACUGUAUAUAUAUUAUAAACCUUUAAUUUAAGAAUUUAUAAUACACAUCCUUUUAAAGACCCUUAGAAAUCUGGAAUCUUAAAGAAGAACUUGGCAGUUGAUUAUAAAUUCGAUGAUUCAAUUAAAGUACCUUAGAGCUGCAAAGAUUUAAUAUCUUAAAUGCUAAGAUUAAAUCCAAAAUUAAGACCAUCCGCUUCUCAAAUAUUAAGACAUGAUUUCUUUAAUGAAUAUUUGAAUGAGCUUUCGUACCCAAGUUUGAUCAGUUCAUACUAAGAGUAUAUAAGCAAUCAUAAUAAUUUAGUUUAAGCGAAUAAAAGAAAUCUGGCCACUCUUUUAAUUCGUAAAUUUGUGAAUUGAAAUUCUCAACAUUUUAGAAAAAUGGUCUAAAUGUUUUUGAGAAAAUCCCCUUCUUAGGAAUAAAUGAUAUUCAUAAUAAUCCAGGUAAUGAAUUGAAAGAGAGGUCACCUAUUUGGAAUAGGAGGAUUGAAAUAUAAAGACCAUCCAGUCAACCAAGAUCAAAAGCCUAAUCCCUCUAUUCUUGUAAGAACUUGGAGAUCAGAGGAAAUAAAGUUUCGAUAUUUCGUUAAUAAUCAAAGAAUUCAGAAAGUGAUUUAGAUUAAUCUCACCAACAACCUUACAAUAGCAUAAUCAAUAGAUGUAAAAUAAGAAAUAAAUGA